AUGGCAGAUGUUUUCGUUAGAGGUGUCCGUUUAUAUGGUGCAGGACGAAUAGUGGCUGAAAAUUGGGUUCAUUCUCGAUUUAUUUACGCGUUUAAUCGUCGGCUUUUCUUUAUUAAAAUAGGUUCAGUGGAUUCCUCAAAUCCUGUAGAAUGUGAAUCGUUAUUAAUUUUUGGAAUUUAAUAUAUUUCGAUGCUUUCCGAGCUCAUUCAAGUCCAAGUUCCUCCAGCUGCUUUGUACAAAGUGGCUUGGAAACCAUUUUGGAUGACUACGAACAUGUAGUAUUUUUGCUAAAUCCUGUCGGUAUAAUUUAUAUUUUAUGAAUUAAAUAUAUAAAGUGAAACCGUGGAAUACAUAUUUUUCGAAAAGGUAACAAAUAUUCCCUCCCUAAAUAUGGGUAUGUAGAUGGGUUAAAUGCAACUUGCCCCAGGAAUUGCCGAGUUUUUCGUAGUGAACUUUUUGUCCAGGUUAAAAAUAUAUCUCGGAAUAUCAUCUAAUCAAUGAACUCCAAUAAGAAUCAAAGGUUUUUGGUUUGGAUAGGAGGAAGUUCUGGGUGAUUUGGUAGUGCACAAUAGAAUAUUAGGAUCGAUAAAACAUUUCCAAUGUUGAUGAAAUUCUGAUUAAUCAAAUAAUGAAGAGAAUAAUACGCAGACAUGAAAGCCCAAGAGGUUAUAAAAUAGUGGCAUCCACUCCUGAUAUGAACAUUAUAAAGCAAGAAGUGAAGAAUGAGUUUAGUCCUACAGUUAAAAGUGAGUUCACACCUAGCCCCCAUUUAAUAGAUCAUGGAUAUGGUGCAACUCCACAGAACCAGGUUAUCUCUUCGAAUAUACCAUGUGCAGCACCUCCGGUCAAAAGAAAACUUAAUUUAGAAUCCCAACAUUAUAUAGUACCUUAUAAACAUGAAUUCAAAGCUCCACCUCCCAAAAAGCCAAAGAAACAGACACCGGUCAAACAGAACACUAGGUACUACACUUCCUUAGGACUUUUAACUAAAAAGUUUUCUAUUUUAUUGGAAAUGUCCCCAAAUGGCGUUGUAGAUCUAAACAAAGCUUCAAUGGAAUUAAAUGUACAAAAAAGAAGGAUAUAUGAUAUCACUAAUGUCUUAGAAGGAAUAGGUAUAGUAGAAAAAAAGUCUAAAAAUAACAUCCAGUGGAAAGGUGGGAGUUUUCGGGGGAACAAUUAUGCCAAACUCACUUCUGAGUUGGAAGAAUUAGAAAAUCAAGAAAAUGAAUUAGAUAGGAUGAUUCAAUCUGCAGAAACAGAGUUGAGAAAUUUAAAUGAUGACAAAUAUGGUUACGUUACGUAUCAAGAUUUGAGGUCGAUCUCAAAAUUCAAACAUAAAACAGUUAUGGCUAUCAAAGCGCCACCAAAUACUCAACUGCAAGUACCUACAGAAACAGAAGAUAAAUAUUGCAUUAUGAUGAAGAGUUCAAGUGAUGAAAUAGAAGUUUUCUUGUGUCCAGAGAAUGUGACUCAUCAUAAACCUAAGCCAGUGCCUCCUAUAGAUCCAGUUUUGAAAGAUGUAAAGCUUAGUCCUGGAUUAUUCAAUAUUCUCACGCCACCAGUUCCUCUGCUGGAAAGUCCUUUACUUCAUAAACCUAUUUCCUCCCAGGUGUGUCGGAGUCUGUCGUUCAGUAAAGAUUCUGAUGCUGGUACAUCAAAAUCUUCAGCUCAGAAAGUACUGAAAUUCAGUCCAGCUAAUACUGCAACGGCUUCUUCUAAUUUGAACUUUUCUCCUCUGAACUUAUCCCCUAUAAUGGGUAGUUUGGAUACUUACGCCUCUACUUCAAGAGCUCAGACUGAAAAUACCCAGUUCAUGAGCGGCGGUUCUGUAGAUAAUCAACUGAUACCGCAGAUAAUUCCACAUAAUGAAUUGCCACAAACUGGAUUGGUGGAUCCCUUGUUGUGUGCAGAGCCUUUUGUACCUUUGGAAACCUUCAUACAGACAGAUUAUAAUUUCAGUAUGGAUCCGUCAGAGGGAUUAGCAGAUCUCUUUGAUUUCUUAUAGGAAAUGAAAUGUUUCCAUUGAAUUUUGCUCAUGUACAAAUAUUUUUACUUUAAAAGAUCGAUCAUUUUUUCAGUGAUAAUCACAAAAAUUAUUGUUUUUUGUGUAUUCUAACGGCUCUCUCAUAUACUUCGACGAGCUUAUUAUUUGGAGAAAAUGGACGUAAAACAGCAUAUUGCAAUCUUGAAAAGUUUCAGUUGCUGAGUUAGACAAGUUUUCAUGUGGUAAAAAUGUGAAUUAUUUGGAUGAUGCCCGAAAUGAUACAGAAUUAUGAAUCUGAAUUCAAGUGAAAAGUGCACUUAAUGCAGUUACUUAUUUUAAUCCUCUUUUUUUAAAUGGAUUUCUUCUAGUUACAAGGAAAUUUGAUAUUGAAACAAUUGUAGUAAUGAAAAAGGACUGCUAUUUUUCCAGUCUCAAUGGAAAAUGUGAAAAUGAAAGGAAACAAUAUAUUGAUCGGUUAACUUCAGUCUUAUCCUUGUAUUUAUUCAAAUAAUUUUAUCAUUAAUGGAAAAAAAAGGGAGAAACAUCCUGGGAUUAUUUGUAUUUUAUAUCUUAGACCAUGAAAAAUUCUUUGAGGGAGUCAUUAUGCACAAAGAUUGAAAUAUUGUCCUGUAUAUUUUUAUAUAUUUAUAUAUUCAUAUUUAUAUGUAUUUUUACAUUAUCAGUACUUCAGCCAUUGGUGCUUUCAGUUAUUCGAUUAAGAAUGGUAGAAUAUUUUUACACCUAAUGGUACAUUUGGUGGUUAUAUUUUCAAGGAGGAAAGAGCUAAUGAAAGAAUGAAAUUCUUCAACUUGUGAGUACUUCAUUUUCAAAAGUUUCUUGUUAGCUAGAAUUUCUUGUUGAAUCAUUGAAGCUAUUAUUGAAUUGUUCAUUUUAUUAUUGAGUUUUUCAUUUUAUAGCAUUUAUAUAGAUAUUGUUAUAUUUUCAUGUUUAAUUAAAAAUUCACACUUUGUGGAUUUUCAUUCUAUUCUCUAGUUCCUGGAUUAUAGUUGAGGAAAGUUCUAAAUCUGAUGAAUUUCUACCUUUUUUCGUUUUUUAUCAUGAAUUGAAAUUAUCAGUGAAAUAAAAGGAGGUAAUUUGAUAUAUGCUAGAAAAGAGGAAGUAGAAAAAUGUUUUUUCAGAAGGAUUCAUCACCAACUUUUUGACAGUAUUGACUCACUUCCUCAUUAAAAUUGAGCUUGUGGAACCUAUUUGGAUCCAAAAUUUUUACCGAAUGUAAAUGAGCUACUGUAACUUUAUAUACAGUUUGGACCUGUCGGAUUUUGUAAAACACAUGGGGAUAGUAUUUAUUCCAAACCAGUUUUUUUUUUAAUAUUGUGGCGAGCAAUGAGAUUAUCUAUAGCUUUCAUCCGUAUCACAUGGAUUCAUGUUUCCAUUCACGUAAUGCUGCAUAUCUCAAUUUUGAAAUCACAUGUGAAAUAUCACUGAAAAUUCGAUGUAUAUCUUAAUCUCGAUAAUUUCAUAUAAUAUUUAUAUUUAUUUUUUACUGAAGAGAGGGAAAGCAAAAUGUAUAAAAUUUAUACAAGUAUUAAAAAUUUAAGAUCAAUAUGUGCCUGAAUAUUUGGUCUUAUUUUUUGAAAUAGGACUACUUAUUUUAAAUAUAUUUUUAACUAUGAAUUUGUAAAAAAGUGAACAAAAUUUUGGGUUCAAUUUGAACUUGUCUUGUUGAAAAAUGGAAUCAUAUGGUGCCAUUGAAACUUAUUUUGUAAAUAUGGACUGUACACGCUUAUUAGACAUUAUUUGUCGAGUUUUAAUUAUUCUACUUUUUGAUUUUUUAGAACAUUACAGAUUUCUUUUAUUCUUGUUAUUGUUACUAAUUAUUUUAGGUAAGCACUAAGGUAUGAUCCAGCUAAUUCGCAAUGCUAUUGCGAUCAUAUUUUUAUUAUAGCUAGGAAGUAUUUUUGUGUAAACCUACUCUGUACAUCCCAAAUUCCUCGUAUCUCAAUUAUGUUGUCUAAAUGAAAAUGCCAAAAAGAUGGAAAAUAAAAUUUUUUAGGACAUGCCGAUAUUCACUUCAAAAUAAAAGUAGUUUUCUUUUUUG